AUGAAGGCAGCGCAGAGAGGGAGGUAUUUGCCACGAACGCGAAAUAUAAAGCUGUUCGAGGCUGCUGAGUAUCGUGGGCUUAUCUCGGCCAACGAACAGUGGCAGCAGUACACGGGUCAAUCCCUGGAGGAUGCCCUUAAACUAGGUUUUGCGAAACAUAUACAUCGAGACGACCUUGAGAAAUGCGGUAUCUUACUCCCGCCAAACAUCAUCCCGGAGUCCGACAAUCCGAUCGAGUUAGGACGUAUCAUCAAUUCUUUGCGGGGUUCGGAACCCUCUAAUGGAACUCCUGAGUCGGAUUCAAGCGAGCUACGAAAUAAACGUCCAUUUUCUCGAACCAAUUCAUUCCAUGAUAAGAAUGGACGUUCAAAAUACCAAGGGCUAACGCAUGCGCUCCAUGAGCUUGUGGAAAAAGGUGUGGUCACCAUACAGAAAGAUGAAAACGAGAGGUAUUCUUAUACAACCGAAAUCCGGCUGCGAUCGAGAGGCGGUGACUUCCGAUGGCAUCUCGUGCGUCUUGUGAAAGUUGAAACGACAAGUUUUGGCGAUGGCGAGGCUUCCUGGUAUGGUACCUGCACCGAUAUCAAUGAUCGAAAACUUCUAGAACGGAAGUUGAAUAGGGAGAUGGAGUCGAAAACGAAGUUUUUCAGUAAUAUGUCCCACGAGAUCAGAACGCCGCUUAAUGGGAUCUUAGGGACGAUUCCGUUUAUUUUGGAUACGCAGUUAGAUAACGAUCAAAGACGUAUGCUCGAUACUAUCCAGAACAGUUCUACCAACCUACGUGAACUUGUCGACAAUAUUUUGGAUGUAUCCAAAGUAGAAGCAGGGAAGAUGAACAUGGUGCGACAAUGGCUCCAUGUUCGCUCUGUCGUGGAAGAUGUGAUUGAUACGAUCGGGUCGAGGGCGAUAGAUAAGGGACUUGAGCUGAAUUAUCUCGUCGAGCCAGAUGUCCCUGCAAUGGUGAUUGGGGAUAGGUUCCGAAUACGCCAGAUCCUUAUUAACCUGAUGGGAAAUGCAGUCAAGUUCACGUCACAGGGAGAAAUAUACACACGCUGUUCAAUCCAUCGCGACCCUUCCGUUCCUGUAAACGGAACAGAGAUCCUUUUGAAUUUUGAGGUCGUUGAUACCGGCAAAGGAUUUAGCUCUACAGAUGCCGAGCGUCUAAUGCAAAGAUUCAGCCAGAUUGAGGGGAGCGGCUCGCAGCAGCAUUCAGGAAGUGGGCUUGGCCUCUUCUUGUCCAAACAGCUCGUGGAGAUGCAUGGUGGGCGGUUGACCCCUACAAGCAAGGAAGGCCAAGGCGCCAAAUUCUCCUUUUUUGUUAAGGUUGAUGCACCUCCACCGCCACCGCCCCAGGAUUCAUUCAAUUUAAACCUUGAGGAUCGAUACUUUCAACCCAUAGACGAUAUUUAUCCAUUUAAGAGCCCGAACAAACAGGAAUUCCAUCUCACUCAAGACAUACUAAGCUUGCAUUCAUCGACAAAUUCGGACGUCAUGAGUCUACCCAGCAAGCAACUCUCUGGGUCGUCUUGGGGAUCAAAUCAAAUCAACACGCCACCAUCCUCUCGGAGUGGAGGAACCCCUUCGAAACCUGAUCAGCCUAGCCAAUUCAUUCCCCUUGCUAUAUCAAGUCCCAGCAUGGCAGCGACUGAGGUUAUGGUUAGCAGUUCUUCCUCUCAAAAUAUCGCACCUGCGCUUCCUUCGUCCUAUGAUGUAUUGAUAAUAUGUCCCUUCGAUUAUGCCCGCGAGGCUCUAAAGCAACACAUCGAGCAAGUUAUUCCUCUCGAGGUCACCUGCAAAGAAACUGCGAUUCUCGAUGUCGAAGACUGGAAGGAUCUUGUUACUGGCGGUGAAUGUCCCAAGUUCUCUCACGUGGUAGUCUGCCUCCCAGAUGCCAACGACGUCAAGGGAAACUAUGCAAAUCAUUAUCCAAUUUGGUUGGGAUAA